CCGGAUUCUCGGCCUAGGGUGGCCCGCGUCGCAACUCUGUCUCUGGCAGAACCAUGUCCGGCCGUGCCGUUUCGAACCCUCAACAUUCCCAACAGUCCUUCGAUUCCGGUCCCCAACUCUAUCGCGACGCCGUAAUGGAUUCCAUACACUUCGGCGAUUUUGCGUUUGCUUACCAUGGUCUUCCUGACCAGUCUUCUCUCGUUUCCCUAGCAGAUCACACCCACACGUCACAAUCUCCCACUGUGUUUCCCCAGCACCAGGCCAUUUCUGGCCUUGCACAUAGCGGUCUGCCGUUCGGCACCUUGCCUACGGGCAACCGCAGCCAGAGCAUGGAAGGCUCCGAAGCCCCCCCAGAUCGGACAUCUCCCGCAUCCAACGCCCUCGAAGACCCAACUACCGAUGAGUUUGGUUUGGCUUCCCGUAACCGUGCGGAUGGCACAGAUCUAGGCGGCAAACCUAAGGAGGAUAAAGUCGAUGCCACACCUGCGUGGAGUGAACUUAAGACAAAGGCUGGCAAGGAAAGAAAACGCCUCCCGCUCGCUUGCAUGGCAUGCCGCCGAAAGAAGAUCCGUUGUUCAGGCGAGAAACCCGCCUGCAAGCACUGUCUACACUCACGUAUCCCAUGUGUCUACAAGGUUACAACUCGGAAGGCUGCGCCUCAGACAGGUUACAUGGCUAUGCUCGAUAAGCCACUGAAGCGCAUGGAAGAACGCAUCAUCAAGGUCAUACCCAAGUCGAAUCAGGAAGUCGCAUCAUCUGUAACUCGCACCGUGGUCAAACCGGCGAUACCAGGAACUGUACCUUCCAGUAAGCCAACCAAGAAGCGCGGCGCCGAGGAAGUAUUCGGGCCUGAUCUGGAAGCUUGGGCGAAGGCGCCUUCGAAGCCAAAGAUUGAGGGCGAUGAUAGGCCCAGCUGCUUGCAAGUCCAGGAAGCGGAGGAGAAUAUGCUGCAACAUGAAGGCGCCGAAGCACUCCCCUCCAAGGAGAUACAGGAGCAUCUUGCAGAGGUGUUUUUCGAUAACAUCUAUGGUCAAUCUUACCAUCUUCUACACAAACCAAGCUAUAUGCGAAAGCUAAAAAAUGGCACACUACCUCCGGUGCUUGUUCUCACAGUGUGCGCUGUAGCUGCUCGUUUUACCUCAAACCCCUUAGUGAGUUCUUCAGGGCCUGAACUUUUACGCGGUGAAGAAUGGGCAUCACACGCUCAAGAUAUUUGCACCAGACGAUACGAAUGGCCAAACCUCACCAUCUUGACAUGUCUUCUCAUUUUGGGCCUUCAUGAAUUUGGAACGUGCCAGAGCGGCCGUAGCUGGGCCCUGGGUGGACAAGCUAUCCGAAUGGCUUUCGCUCUCCAGUUACAUAAAGACUUGGAAUACGAUCCCUCGGGCCGUCAUGGCACCAAAACGCAGCUCAGCUUCAUUGAUCGAGAGAUUCGGCGACGCCUAAUGUGGGCCUGCUUUCUCAUGGAUCGCUUCAACUUUUCUGGGACAGAUCGACCCAUGUUCAUCAGGGAGGAUACAAUUCAGAUUCCUCUGCCGGUAAAGGAAAAGUACUUCCAAUUCGGCAUGCCUGCGCCCACCGAGAUGUUGGACGGUCAAGUACCUCAUCCGGCGUCGCCCAACGGCGGACAAAUCGCUGAUGCACGAGAGAACAUGGGGGUUGCGGCCUUCCUGAUUCGAGCCUUGGCCUUAUGGGGACGGAUCAUCACCUACCUGAGCCAAGGGGGUAAGGAUCUAGACCCCAAUCCAAUGUGGGAAGACGAGUCUCACUAUGUGAAGCAUCUCAAUGAUGUUGUAAACCUUGAAGCUAGUCUGCCCUUGUCACUCAAGUACUCUGCAGAGAACCUCGAGGUCCACAAAACAGACAACACGGCAAGUCAGUUUCUUUUCAUGCAUAUCUGCCUGCAGCAUAACAUUCUCUUUGUGAGUCGAGCUGCUAUGUCAGCACGAAAGCAACAUGGUGUACAUGACGAUUUCUUCUCUGAAGCAAGCAAGAGGACCUUCAACGCUGCGAACCGAAUAUCCGAGCUUCUUCGUGAGGUUGAACAGUCGCGAUGCUUUGUUUCGGCCCCGUUUGCUGGAUACUGCGCCUUUUCCUCGACAACAGUUCACAUCUUGGCUAUUAUCUCUCGCAAUCCCUCCAUGAAGCCAACAGCCGAGGCCAAUUUUGCCACCAAUGUCAAGUAUCUUCACAAAAUGAAGAAGUAUUGGGGUAUGUUUCACUGGAUGGUGGAGAACUCAUCUUUUCUUCAAUAUGGAGACUGGUUUAACCGUUACCCUCACGGUCUUUCUGACGUUGAGUUCAUGGACCCUGCCACUCACAAACGAAAGGAUUCAGGAGCAGACGGCGUCCUCGAAGCGAAGCCCGAACUGCAAUCAGUGGGGGAAUACUUCUCCACGCUCCUAACACCACAAAGUGUCGAGAAUAAGGAUACUAUCCGCACAGCAGCGCCGAAACGAAAGCAAAGCGCCAAGGAACAGACCGGCAUGCCAGCACAACCUGGCCGUCAUCUCGAUUCGUUGCAGAGUACAGACGCAGACGCAGUCUCCCAGGAACGCAAGUUCUCGGGUGGUUUGGGAUUGCAAACUACCGGUGCAGCAGGCUUCAACCCUCUCGCAGCAUCAAACCCGCAGAACCCGGCUUUCAGCACCAACAUGUCACCUAUGAGUCCAGCCAACAUAUCUGCAUUUGCUCACCACGCACACACGGCCACCUUUUUCCCACCCGAGCUGCUCGCAAUGAACUUUGGGCAGGGUUCGAAUGGAAACAUCGAACCGCUUGACCGUCAGCUUGUCUAUGGCGGAUACUCAAUGGAUGCUAGUACAGGCUUGGGUGGUGACCAGGAUAUGAUGAGCGGCCUUGAUUGGGAUACCGUCGCUUCAGGCGCUCAGCCAGAUGGAGGCUUGCAAGGUCGGCCGUCAAAUGUCAAGGCAGGCAUGCAUGGGCAAAGUGCAGGUAUGGCUGAUGGGGCAGGAUUAAGCGGACCGGAAGCAUCAUCCGCAUGGUUCAUGCCAUUCAACAUGGAGCCGCCAGAUAUGGAUCAAGAUCCCGGCUUCAACAUGGGCGGAAUUGAUCCGUUCACGGGAGUGUUUGGCGGAGGAGGCAGUGGUUUGGCAACGCCGAAUGCGCUAGGUGGGCUACAGCAACAGGGUCCUUAGGAGGGACUGUCGGAGUGGUUAGCUUGGGUAACACCAUGUUC